AAGCCCAUGAAUUUGACAAAAACUAGGCUUCUUUCAGCAAAAUUCACUCUUUGUAUAGGCCCCACAUGGUACUUUGCCUACUAAAUAAAACCAUCCACUUGGGCCUUAUCACCUCUGAGAAGAGAGGUGGGCUACGCUUCAGACCAUCUCAACCGCUAGAAAACAGACAAAUUGGGAAAUUUUGAUGGGUCCGAUUGUCGAUCGCAGAAAAUCAACGGAUUGGAUGUGUAGAAUCAUCCAAAAUUGUGCCUGUGGCCUGUUCAUGGUGAGGCCCAUCUAUUGAAUGGUUCAGAUCACUGUACAAGUGGCUAAAUUAAGGGUUCUCCCAAGGUGUACCCUCCCUUUUUGGGGUAAAUAAAACCAACCAUUUGGGGCUUUUUUAAUUGAGAGAGAGAGAGAGAGAGAGAGAGAGAUUUGAAGCUUUGGAAAUGGUGAGAAGGUGAACUGAAUCUAUGUUGAAUAGCUUCUUCUAUUGGGUGGCUUUGUUUGGGAGUGGAGAUGGAUGUUGCAGGACAAAAACAAGGAAUCUCUGCUCUCUUGUUCAUCACACAACAACAACAAGACAACCACAUCAAUGCAUACAACAAAUACAAACAGCUCUAGAACAAAAAACACACCAAAAUUCUUCAAACAUGGCCUCUAGCUCUUCCAAGAUCUCCUCAAUCAUUCCCAUCUUUGUUGGGUUUCUCCUUGUUGUUUCUAUUAGUCCUGUUUCGUCGGCAAUUGCUUCGGAAUCUGUCGAUCCAUUACCAUCAAAUCAGACCUUCUGGACGGGCCGCCAAUUGCAGAAGAUGAAGUGGGUCAGAGACCAUCUAAAGAAGAUCAAUAAGCCUCCACUCAAAACAAUUCAGAGUCCUGAUGGUGAUCUGAUUGAUUGUGUUCUAUCUAAUCAACAACCAGCUUUCGAUCAUCCGAAAUUGAAAGGACAGAUGCCAAUGGAUCCACCAGAGAGGCCAAAAGGCCACGACGGGACGGAUUCAAUGCCCGAAAGCUUCCAAUGGUGGAGAAUUUCAGGAGAAUCUUGUCCCGAAGGAACGAUUCCGAUCAGAAGAACAUCAGAGAUUGAUGUUCUUAGAGCGAGUUCAGUUGGGAGGUUUGGAAGAAAACCAGUACGACGAGCAGUAAGACGCGAUUCGUCAAGCAGUAGCCAUGAGCAUGCAGUUGGGUAUGUGACGGGAGAUCAGUACUAUGGCGCAAAGGCAAGCUUAAACGUGUGGGCCCCACGUGUGAAUAAUCCCAAUGAAUUCAGCUUAUCACAGAUGUGGGUCAUCUCAGGAUCGUUCGGCAAUGAUCUCAACACCAUUGAAGCUGGAUGGCAGGUCAGCCCAGAAUUAUAUGGAGAUAAUUAUGCUAGGUUCUUCACAUAUUGGACGUCAGAUGCAUAUCGAGCGACCGGAUGCUACAACCUCUUGUGCUCGGGGUUUGUCCAAACAAAUAGCAGAAUCGCUAUCGGGGCGGCGAUCAACCCAACAUCGGUUUACAACGGCGGGCAAUUCGACAUCACUUUGUUGGUGUGGAAGGAUCCAAAACAUGGACAUUGGUGGCUGGAAUUUGGGUCGGGUCUAUUGGUCGGGUACUGGCCGUCGUUCUUGUUCAGCCACUUAGCGAACCGGGCUAGCAUGGUGCAAUUCGGAGGCGAAAUAGUGAACACUCAACCGUCGGGAUUCCACACAUCGACGCAGAUGGGCAGUGGCCACUUCGCCGGGGAAGGGUUCCGGAGAGCGUCGUAUUUUCGGAAUUUGCAAGUUGUCGAUUGGGAUAAUAACUUGCUUCCGGCGUCCAAUUUCCAAGUAACGGCCGAUCAUUCAAAUUGCUACGAUAUUCGGCCGGGGAGAAAUGGUGUUUGGGGGAAUUAUUUUUACUAUGGUGGGCCAGGAAGGAAUGUGAGAUGUCCAUGAGAGAUAUUUAAUUGGGGUGGAGAAAAUCAUCAUACCUUUUUUUUUUUUUUUUUGGCUGAAUGGAUCAUGAUUAAAACACUCAGUGGCGCGGAUCAACUCAUUCUGCCUUGAAUCGACUCAUGACUCAAAUUGGCCUUCCGAGUCCGAGUUGACUCGUCCGAGUCACACCCAACUCAGGUGAGUCUUAAAACCAUAGCAUGGAUGUUUGGGUUCAGGUCAUUUUUAGAUAUUUUUUUUUCUCUUUAAAGCCCAUUUUUUCUUCUUCUGUUUUUUCCUUUUUUGGGCAUUUUUUUUUUUUUCUUCUAACAGGUGAUUGAUUAAUUUAUACCAACUCUGGGGACAUCUAGUGUAAAUUUGGAAAAGCAAUAGUGAAUAUACUGUGGUUUGUAUU